AUGGGUAACGACGGUGGAAGUAUCCCCACCCGCCGCGAACUCGUUCGUGAAGCGGCCCGCGCUCCGACGACCGCUCAACUAAAAGAAACCCAGCGCGAACAGCAAGAACAUUUCUGGGCAACUUGCCCACUUUCGCAUAAGGCGCUUGCGCGACCGAUUGUAUCAGAUAGUGUGGGAAACCUAUACAACAAGGACGCAGUGCUUCAAUUUCUGCUCCCCGGAGACGAUGGUGAGGGGAUCAGCUCCAAGUCCGACUGCGAAGAAGUCCUGUGCGGCCGAGUAAAGUCUCUCCGCGACGUCGUCGAGCUUCACUUCGAAGUUGACACCGAGCUGAGCGAACACCCUUCGGACCGCAUCAAUGCGCACCGACACCAGCGCCGCGAGGGCUGGAUCUGCCCUGUCACCGCAAAGCCAGUUGGUCCGGGCAUGAAGACUGUCUAUCUCGUUCCCUGCGGACAUGUCUUUGCCGAGGAAGCCAUUCGCCAACUGAAGGGUGACAAGUGCUUGCAAUGCAACGAAUCUUACGCCGAAGAAAACAUUAUCUCCAUCCUACCCACCAAAGAAGAAGACAAGCAACGCCUCAUUGCGCGUGGCCAGAAGCUUUCUGAACAGGGCCUCACUCACUCUCUGAAGAAGGCACCCGGUUCAAAGAAACGCAAGAAGCAUGCUACCACCGAAACUGCGACGGACGCUCCUAGCGCUUCCACAGAAAAGGCCGAUUCUGCAUCUGCUCCCAAGCCGAAGAGUCAGAGCAAUGCUGGCACGCCUACUCCGACUCCCUCUGGGAAUGGAAUCAAGAAUGCAUCCACUGCAUCACUUGCGGCGCGCGUCCUAGAAGAGGAGAAUGAGAAGAAGAAGCGGCGAAAGAUGAUGGGUCGCAACGAGAAUCUCGACAGCCUAUUCACUAAGAAAGACGAUGGUAAGAAGAGUGCAGAUUUCAUGCAUAGAGGUUUCUCUAUUCCCGCUCCGCGGCGGUAG